GUCCGACAUCUCUGAAGAAUGUGGCUCAAAUGUCGGAUCACAGCCAUCUGAGCUCGGCGGAGAAAAAGCGCCUCCGCGAUCGACGGGCACAGCAGAAUUCUCGAAGUAAAAAGCUGCAGUAUCUCAGUCGCCUCGAAGAUCGCCUCGAACGGCUAGAGGAGCAAGUCGCUCACUGUCGGCAACACCACACGGACGAUGGCGCCCAAGAGCGAUCCCGAGAGAUAGAGAGUCUCCGGAAACAGAAUGCAUCUCUUCUCGCGCGUCAACAGCAGCUGAAGACUCUCCUGCAAUCCUGGGACAUCGAUGCGCUGACGUCUCCGGAAGCUCCCACGGGUCCGGCUCAUACUCCCGAGGCGGCCGAUGUCGAGAGUCUGCGUCCUCCACUACCAUCGCCACCACCGCCGACAGCAUCAGCAAACUCACUAGAGCCGCUCUGGAAACGCAUUCCACUGGCCAACGAUGACCCAUCAGCCCCGUACAUGAACUGGGUGGCCUACCAGGAGCAGAUCAGAGCAUCCCCGGAUUCUCCCUCCUCUCCGCUGGAUCUCCUGUACGGCUCCAAGACCAACGUCCUGGCAGACCUAGUCUUCCGCACCACGAAGCGACGGCCGCUGCGCGACCCCGAGCGCCUGGCCUGUGGGUGGCUGGCCUACCACCUUCUCAAGUGGAUGUACUCGCCCAGUCCCAGCCGAUUCGCUCGGCUGCCGACCUUCAUGCACCCGAAUCUCGACCAGAUCAAUAUUCCCCACCUUGGGUCGAUCGACCUCAUGAUCUGGCCGCAAAUUCGGUCCAAUCUGAUCCGUCGUUGGCACAUCUACGAGGGUCAGCGUGACGAUCUCUUUGGGUUCCUGGCCUGUUGUAUCAAGGUCCGCUGGCCGUGGGGUGAGAGCAUUCUCGAGCGCGACGAUCAGGAUCAACUCCGCAUCCGACGCAGCUUCUACGAGACGUUCAUGACUAUCGAGGGAUGGGGACUCACCCCUGACGUCAUUCGAAGCUACCCCAGUAUUUUGACAGGGGUUGACCUGCAGUCUAUUGUGUAUGAGGUCCUGUGA